AUGGCUAAAGAGCUGUCCAUCUUUUCAGUAAUUAAUGUCGUUUAUGUCUUUGGAAAAAUAUUUGGAAUGGCGCCUUACACAAAGAAGCCUAAGGGACUCGGUUACGCAAACACAUAUCGUAUUAAUCUGAAUGGUUGCUGUAACAUUGGUAUAAUUCUUUUCUUAUCCUCAAUGAUGUUUUAUUGCUUUGUGCAAAUGAUCAUAAUAAGGCAGCAAGAGAAUUAUUUUAAUAAAUUAAAUACCAUAGUGUGUGUAUUACAAGCUAUGCGUCUAAUUAGCGCCGUUACAACUAUGCUCUCAUUUUACUUCGUUCAAGACAGCUUUAUUGACGCAUUUGACAAGCUGUACCAUUUUGACGGCAAGAAAAGAAGCUUUGCCACCAUCAACUAUACCUGGUACCGCAACUUAUCGUGUCUCUUCAUCUCACUCGCAGUUUGCCUGAUAGUCACAGUGGAAAUAGUCAUGGGAGAAAAGCCCACAAUUACAAUCCUAGACACUUUCUCCAAUGGGAUUCAACUACUCAUUCACCUACUUGCUCUGGUCUACUUUGAACUGUACGUCAUUAUACUGAUUAACAAUUUUAAAUUCUUGAAGACAACGGCCGAAUACUUCAACAGUAACUAUCAUAAGUGUCCUAAGCACAUGAUCAAAAUCAUCUCGACAAUGUAUGACGACCUAUGCAAGGGUGCGGGCGCGAUAAACCAGGCUUUUACAUUUCCAUUAUUCUCGCUUGUCAGUUUGAACUUCAUGGAGAUACUACUGGGGGCGUAUGCCCUGACAAAUGUCCACAAUAGGAAUUUCAGAUUUAUUUACUGGACUACAUUUUAUAGUGUUCAGCUGGGUUUCAUGUUGAUACCGGCGGGAAGCGUCGAAGGAAAGGCGAACGAAAUCAGCAAAUACCUCGCCGAGGCGAACUUGGAGCCUGAUGAAGAAGUGCUAAAAGAGAGAAAUCACUUUCUCUUGAGAACUUUACACCAAACCGUCGACUUUACGGCUUGCGGAUUUUUUCCAAUAUCUACGUCUGCAAUUGUGGGGCAAUUUAGUAUCAGCAUCUCAUUUUUGUUUUUCAUGUUUCAAAUUGUUACCUAA